GCUGAUUGGCUGCUGCACAGCACGUAGGCGGUCGAGCACGCUUGUGUAGCGGGGAGAGUUCAUUUACGAUUCCCAGUUGACCUUGCUGCUGAGUGCUUAUCCAAAAACAACACACCGUUCAGGGAAACACAUCAACCCCGGGUUUACCAGCCAUGUCACAGAUACCGAUACCCGCAUUAUCCAGCUCAGGAUUCUCGUUAACAAAAGAGCAUUUUGUGGUUGCGGUGCCAGUCGCAGUGGUUGCAGCUGUCGGAGGUUUCCUAGUCAGCCAUUACCUGAGUGGACGGGGCUGUAAAAAGGGCCAGGUAAACACCUGCAUCAGUAAAGACAGCCCCAAAGUGGUGCACAGCUUCGACAUGGAGGACAUCGGCACCAAGGCUGUGUACUGCCGCUGCUGGAAGUCAAAGAAGUUCCCUUUCUGCGACGGAGCCCACGCCAAACACAACGAUGAAACCGGGGACAACGUGGGACCGCUCAUCAUCAAAAAGAAAGAUGCUUAAGCCGCCCAAUUGGAGAACCUUGCGCUCAUCCUUUCACUUCUCAUACACCCGACCUUUGUUUGUCCAAUCAUUUAUUACCAUCGCAGUGUCGCGUGGAUUGUUACGGUAUUGUCGCAAUUAAAUCAAGCGGUGGAUAUACUUCAUUGCUCAGAACAAAAAAUGUUGUGGUAUUUUUGAUUUGAUUCACGCUGUUUCUACGUAAGCCGACAUUACUUAAAUCAAAGGUCAUUUGAGGAGAGAUAAGGAAGGACUUUGACAAUCAGCACACAGACAUGGAGGUACUAUGACUAAAGUUACAUUUUGACCUGCUUUAUGUGAGGAAUUCAGUUAAAAGACUCACUGGACCUGAUUCACAGUGCAGGCAUAGUAGCUUCACGCCUGGUGUCAACAGUGUUUCCCCUUCCUUCUCCUCUCCUCAGAGUAGAGCAUUAUAAAACCUGACGCUCUUUGAGGCAGAUCUUCAUUUAAGUUGGUCAUUUGAAUUAAGGAAAGGCUUUAUUUUUAAAUCAUUAGCCCGCGAGACCCAGAGUUGAAAUGCACAUAACCCAUAUGAAUGUUACAUGGUAUGAUUUUUUCACCAUGAGCUGCUUAUUCAGGAGUUAUCUCCAAUCAACACUAUCGGCUUGUUGUUUACCAGUUUUACUGUCUGCUUCCUGAGUGAACUUGUAUUUAAUCUGUAAAGUAUUCAAAAACUCUUGCUUAGAAAAUGAUAUAUAUUGCUUAUUCCAUCAGAUUUAUUUUCUACUGGCUGCGUGCGGUGUGACGACUUGAUUCAUUGUUCUGUAUAUUGUGAAUAAAACUUCAUAAGUGACCUGA